AUGGCUGCUCCAUUGAAGCGAGUCUGCCAUACGGUAGCUCGUAAUGCUUCUCAAUGUCACCGACACUGCAUUCCAAGCAACUACUUCGCCGCGAGUUCACAGUGCCAGAAGUCGACAUGGAUAACCAAUACUCAGCAACGGAGACAUCUAUCCCACACUCCCCGCUCAUCAGCCUCUCCCCAGCGACGAUCUCAAGGCAAGGAUGAGGCAACUGAAGAAGACUUUGCCCUUAUGGACGAAGACCCCGACCAGCCAGGUCUCCCUUCCCUCUCCGAUAUCUCUUCAACAGGUUACGGCGAACUCGAACAGCAUCGCGAACUACGCCAGCUGGCGCGUGUAGCAGCCUGGGAGAUGCCAUUGCUCCAGAAACACAGAAAAGAAUUCGUUCCGCCGAAUGAAGAAGAGAUGCCUCUAAGAUGGAGAUACACGACAUACUUUGGCGAACCACAUCCUGCGACCAGGAAAGUCGUCGUCAUGUUCAAGGUGGCGGACAUCAAACGGCUCGAUGACAAGCAAGCGCUGCAUUUCAAGAAACUGUGUGGUUCGAGAUAUAAUCCAGAAACGGACACGGUGCGGAUGAGUUGCGAUUCUUUCGAAGAACCGGCGCAGAAUAAGCGAUGGCUGGGCGACAGGAUCAAGCUACUCAUGAGAGAGUGCCUGUCAAGCAGGUCGGAUAAGUUUGAAGGCGUUCCCUUGGACACGAGACAUCACAAGAAGAAGGUGAUACAUCAAUUCCCUGAGGAGUGGAAGAUCACGCCAGACCGGAAGAAGGCUCUGGAGAAGAAGAGACAGGCUUUGAUGCUGAAGGAAGGUGAAAGCGCCGAGGAAAAUCAGGAGGUUGUUUCCGGAAUCGCAGCGAUAGAGGCUGCGAGACAGGUUAACCUGCAGAAGGAAGAGGAACUGAUCAUGGCGGAGGCGAGACGGCCCUUGCCCACGGGCAAGAUGGGAAGGAAGGAGAUUGGGCAGACGAGGCCUCAGAGGUAG